CUGUAUUAAAACCAGAGGAGUCCUCUGAACCUCCACAAGGUUCUCUCUUUAAGAUGGGCAGCCCAGCAAGGGCUCUCCUUGGUGGCUUCAGCACUACCACUUCCUCUCUGGAGGUUGGAGGUCGGAUGUCUUGGCCAAGCAACAACUCCCUGGACCUAAACCAAACCCUGCCAUGGGGGACUGUUGGAAGUGGAGAUGCUGCAACCAUGAGCACAGGUCAGGACAAAAAAGAGAAAAACUGGCCGGCACUGCUAAUACUCGUCAUCAUCGCACUGACGGUUGGAGGCAACAUCCUGGUGAUCCUGGCGGUGUCGCUGGAGAAGAAGCUCCAAAACGCCACCAACUUCUUCCUGAGGUCACUGGCUGUGGCAGAUAUGCUCGUAGGCAUCCUGGUCAUGCCAGUCUCCCUAAUCAACAUCCUCUAUGACUACGACUGGCCUCUGCCCAGAGCUCUGUGUCCGAUCUGGAUCUACCUGGACGUGUUGUUCUCCACUGCCUCCAUCAUGCACCUGUGUGCCAUCUCCCUGGAUCGAUACGUCGCCAUCCGCAACCCCAUAGAACACAGCCGCUUCAACUCCAGAACCAAAGCCAUGAUGAAGAUCGCCGCUGUCUGGACCAUAUCUAUAGGUGUGUCGAUGCCUAUCCCAGUCAUCGGCCUCCACAACGAGGACAAGGUCUUCGUCAACAACAGCUGUGCCCUCAACGAGGAGCACUUCAUGCUGGUUGGUUCCUUCGUGGCCUUCUUCAUCCCACUGGUCAUAAUGGUGGUGACAUACUGCCUCACCAUACAGGUGCUCCAGAGGCAGGCCACUGUCUUCCUUUAUGAGGCAAAGACUUCCUCCCAGCAGCCUUUGCACACACCAGCGAUGGCAAAUACAUUGCAGCCUCCACCCAGCACCUUCCACCUUCCUCAGAUCAACACACUUGCCCCCCCAGACUCACAAGAAUUAAAGCCCCCGCCACCUCAAAGCAGACGAAACACCCUGAGCUGUCUUAAAGGCGCAGAGCCCAGCAUACUGCUCAGCGCCUCCACGUCAGACAGCAUCAGCAUCAUUCCCAGCUCUGAGGUGGCGUCUCAGCUCAGCUCGCCAGCCACGGGGCCAGGGCGGAGCGACGCGGCAGGUUGCCACGGGCGACGGGGGAUGAUGCAGGCCAUAAAGAAUGAGAGGCGGGCCUCCAAGGUCCUUGGAAUCGUCUUCUUCCUCUUCCUCAUCAUGUGGUGUCCUUUCUUCAUCACUAACGUCACCUCCGUCCUGUGCCGCGACUCCUGCGACAAGUCAUUGCUCCAUGACCUCCUCAAUGUCUUUGUCUGGGUGGGUUACAUCUCCUCUGGAGUCAACCCUCUGGUCUACACCCUCUUUAAUAAGACCUACAGGAGAGCGUUCUCCAGCUACAUCAGGUGCCAGUAUAAAAUGGGGGCCAACGCUGCUGGACAAGGUUGCAAAACCCUCCUGGUCCCCCCACCGUGCCCCUCACACGCCGUGACCCCUCUUCUGAUGGGCAGUCAUGGCAAAGCAGGCGUGGACCGCAACAGUAACUGUCGGAACGGCAGUAGGGACAACGGGAGGCUGACGGUGGACCCGGAGGACACAACAGAUGACGGGACACAAAUUGCAAUAGCGUCGCAGAGCCUCUCUGAAUGCCACAACAUCGGCAUACUUUCAGAGACAGAGCCAGAGACGGAGUUGGAGCAGGAGCUGUCGCUCAUCAGCUACAGCCCUACCUCCAGAGAACACACAAGCAGCGUGUGACUGCCUGCUCCUUUUUGCUUCAUGUCUUCUUUUUAACCUGCAGACGCUGAGGCGGAGCAGCGUUUCAGCAGGCUGGUGCCUGGAGCCUACAGCCUUUUCACUGGUUUCUGUUGUAAACCAGCAGGGGGUACUCCUAUUGUGAAAGGACUAGACUUGGUUGAGGAGCC